GGGGCGACAGAGUCAAUCUGUACGCUCUAAGACAAACAAAUAUACAACGUUACCACUCGCCGCCCGAAACAUUUCUGCUCUGUUUUCCUACAGCAGCUAAACAGCCGAGAUUUCGGCUCUUUUGCACUGGAAAGGAAUGGACGGGCGGUCGAUAUUGAAUCGGGUCAAGCUCCGGAUGGCAUUGUUAAUUCUUGUGUUUUUAUUGUUUCAUCAAAAUGUCAACUUUUGCUGGUCUCUCAACGUAGAGGGUUUGGCACUGUUGAGAUUUCGAGAGAGAGUGAAGAGAGACCCUUUUGGUGCCUUAUCAGAUUGGAAUGAGAAAGGUGGAGAAACUGAUCCGUGUUUGUGGUUUGGGGUUGAAUGCUCUGAUGGAAAAGUGGUCAUCUUGCAUUUGAGAGAUCUGUGUCUUGAAGGAACUCUGGCACCUGAACUUGGGAGGCUGACUGGCUUAAAAUCUAUUAUUUUACGCAACAAUUCAUUCUUUGGAAAUAUACCUAAGGAGAUUGGAGAAUUGAAGGAGCUGGAGGUAUUGGAUUUAGGAUAUAAUAACUUCAGUGGACCAUUUCCAUCCGACUUUGCCAAUAAUUUGUCACUAACUACCCUCUUAUUUGACAAUAACAAGUUCCUUGGAAGCAUACCUCCGGAACUUUAUGAACUUCAUAUGCUUUCUGAAAUUCAGGCAGAUGAAAACCAGCUAAGAGCUUCUUGUAAAGAUUUUACCUUGGACAUGGCUCAACCUGGAGAUGUAGCACACCGGAUGCUGCUGCAGGUGUCUAAUUUUGCAACUCCACCCAAAGCCAACAAUAAACAUAGAGUACAUCGGAGUAGUUCUGUGUUUUUAUUGCCUCCAUCAUUUCCGCCAUCAGAAUCUCCUUCAUCAGCACCAUCAUUGUCGCCAUCUGAUCCAACAUUAUUAUCACCAACUCCUUCAUUUUCUCCAGCAGAAUCCCCCUCAAGUUUCUUCUUACCUCCUUCACCCUCGCCCAUGGAAGCACCAAAUGAAGCUGCACCUACUCCUUCACCUCUAUCAGUUGUAGUCUUUGCCCCACCAGAACACCAUGGGAUUAAACUAACUCCUGCCUCAAGUCCAAAUCAGGCGGAAGAUAAUGAUUUCAGCUCUAGGCAUCAAAUAAUUCUAAUAGCCGGUGUUAUUGGUGGUUGUUUGUUGCUUUUCAUUUCAGUUGCUGGUGCAAUCAUCUAUAGAAGCAACAAAGUGGUCACAGUUAGACCUUGGGCCACAGGGUUAAGCGGACAGCUACAAAAAGCUUUUAUAACAGGUGUACCAAAGCUCAAACGAUCAGAACUUGAAGCUGCUUGUGAAGAUUUUAGCAACAUAAUUGGCUUCUUUUCAAAUGGCACUGUGUAUAAAGGUACUCUAUCAAGUGGAGUUGAAAUAGCUGUGACAUCUACUGCAGUCAUAUCCCGUAAAGAGUGGUCAAAAAAUUUAGAAGCACAAUUCAGAAAGAAGGUUGACACAUUAUCAAAAAUGAACCACAAAAAUUUUAUAAACCUUAUUGGAUAUUGCGAAGAGGAUGAGCCUUUCACAAGAAUGAUGGUUUUUGAGUAUGCUCCAAAUGGAACUCUUUUUGAACAUCUGCAUAUAAAAGAAGCAGAACACUUGGAUUGGGGAAUGAGAUUAAGAAUAGCCAUGGGCGUGGCAUAUUGCCUUGAUUACAUGCACCAGCUAACUCCACCCAUAAUCCACGAAAACCUGCAGUCGUCAUCUAUAUACCUUACUGAAGAUUAUGCUGCCAAAAUAUCAGAUUUUAGCUACUGGAAUGAUAUAACUAGAAAGAUGGCAGUUAUGGAACCUACGAAACCACCAUCAAUAGACUCAGAGAGCAAUGUUUACAGCUUUGGGCUAAUUUUGUACGAAAUGAUCACUGGCAGGAUUCCAUAUGCAGAUUGUAUAUCAGACUUCUUGACAGAACAGAAAAGCUUAGGAGGGAUAGUAGAUCCAACUCUAAAAUAUUUCAAAGAAGACGAGCUUGAGAAAUUGGGUUCAGUGAUAAAGAAUUGCAUCCACCCUGAUGUGAAACCGAGAUCUACAAUGAGGGAGGUGGUAACCAAGUUAAAGGAGAUCACAACAAUGGAACCUGAUGGAGCAACACCAAAGUUAUCUCCACUUUGGUGGGCAGAACUUGAAAUUAUGUCUACAGAAGAAACUUGAGAGGUGAAACUUCAGUCUGAAGUAUUAAUUGAAUUUUUUUUUUCUUGACCUUCAAUUACUUUUUCCCCUUCUAAUCUUGUUGUAAUAUGUAAGAGCAAUGACUUUUGGGGGUAGAGACUGCUUAUAUUUGAUCAGUAGCACAAAAAAAAAAAAAAAAAAAAA